AUGAUGUCAGAAGAAGAAGAAGGUACUGUAUCAGAAAUGGGAGACGAAAAAACUUCAUCAGAAGUGGAAGUAGGUGUUGCUAGCAAAUCAUUGUCAGAAAUGGCAGAAGGUAAAACCAAUGAUUCUGCAUCAGAUGAAGGCUAUGUAGAAGAUGGGGAUAAUGUGUUGGGGUUGGAUUGGCGUAGCGUUAGAGGAGAGGAGAAGAGGAGUAGGGGGAGAGAUGGGGAGAGAAGGAGAUAUGGAAGAGUAAAGAAGAGAAGGAGAGUCAAAGAGAGAAACAUACUUACCUUAAAGUUAGGGUGGCUGGGAGGAUGGUGGUGGUGUGCUUUAGCAUUGGCGGUGACGCUAACAGGGUGA